GGGAGGAGAGUGAAUAUGGCGGAAUUCGCGGAACCCGUGAAGUAGCACUGCGAUUUAAGCAGCUAACAAGUGUGGGAGCGGAGGGUUUGAAUCCCGUGCGGGCAGACCGAGUCCUCCAGCUGCGCUGCCAUGGCGUCCCCUUACACCCGAAUCACCCAGCAGGCCCUGGCUGUGUUGGAUGUAGUAUUCCGAGUGCCCUGUAUCUUCAUCAUCGACGCCAUUUUUAACUCUUACUACUACGACCCCAUGUCCGGCUGGGCCGAGGCUGCUGCCAGGAUCUUGUUCAGAUUUGUCGGUGUCCUGUUGUCCGGUGUCGUGCUGGUCUUGUCUCAGAAGGCGCUCUUCCGAUUCUACACGCUCUUCUUUGCAGUGCUGCUGGGGGCGGCGUCUGUGCUCGUCAAUUACUACGCCACAUCACACAUAGACUUCUACAGCGCUUACUACCGGGCAGCCCUCGGCUUCAGGUUGUUGCCCAAGAACGGACCCACUUUAUGGCUCGCCAUGGCUAUGGUGCAGCUCAUGUUUGGCAUUGGGUACGUGGUCCUGCUCAACAUCCAUUCCGUGUGUGCUGUGCUGGUCGUCCUUGAUGUCCUGAUCCCUAUCUGGGGGCUGAUUGUUGAGUUGCCCGCUGACACGCGGCAGAUGGUGGCUGUUGCCUCCGGGCUCUUGCUGGCCAUGAACACUGCUGUGUACCUCACCCUGAAGCUCAAGUGGUUCUACUACUCCUGCCGCUACGUCUACCUGCUGUUGCGCCACAUGUACCGCAUCUACGGCAUCCAGCUCCUGGUGGAGGACACGUGGAAGAGGAUCCGAUUUCCGGACGUGCUCCGGGUCUUCUGGCUGACACGAAUGACCGCCCAGGCCAUCAUUCUGGUCUACGUGGUCAAGGUGGUGAGCAAUGAAACCGGAGACCAAAAUUACAUAACCUGGGAUGUAUUCUGGGACUUGUUCAGUAACUUGAUCAUCAGCGGCUGUGACUCGACACUGACCGUUCUUGGCAUGAGCGCGGUCAUCUCUUCGAUAGCACAUUACUUAGGUCUGAGCAUCUUGGCCUUCAUCGGCUCCACAGAGGAGGAGGACAAGAGGCUGGGCUUCGUGGCGCCCGUCCUCUUCUUCAUCCUUGCUCUCCAGACUGGUCUGAGCGGCCUGGAACCGGAGGAGAGGCUGGUACGCCUCAGCCGCAAUAUGUGCCUUCUGCUCACGGCUAUCCUGCACUUCAUCCACGGGAUGACGGAUCCGGUCCUCAUGUCUCUCAGUGCCUCCCACAUAUCGUCCUUCAGACGGCACUUCCCCGUCCUCCUGGUGUCGCUCUGUCUUUUCGUGCUGCCCGUCCUGCUGAGCAUCGUGCUGUGGAAUCACUACGAGCUCACUACCUGGCUGUUUGCUGUCACCGCCUUCUGCGUGGAGCUCUGCCUCAAGGUCGUCGUCUCCUUAACCGUCUACGGACUCUUCAUGGUGGACAGCUACUACGGUGUGCUGUGGGAGAAGCUGGACGACUACGUGUACUACGUCCGCUCCACCGGCAACAUCAUCGAGUUCAUCUUCGGAGUCAUCAUGUUCGGGAACGGCGCUUACACCAUGAUGUUCGAGUCGGGGAGCAAGAUCCGGGCAUGCAUGAUGUGCCUCCAUGCCUACUUCAACAUCUACCUGCAGGCCAAGAAUGGCUGGAAGACGUUCAUUAACCGACGGACUGCGGUGAAGAAGAUCAACUCGCUACCGGAGGUGAACGGCAGCCAGCUGCGUAGCAUCGAGGACGUGUGCGCCAUCUGUUACCAGGAGUUUGCCACGUCUGCGCGCAUCACGCCGUGCCACCACUACUUCCACGCCCUUUGCCUGCGCAAGUGGCUGUACAUCCAGGACACGUGUCCCAUGUGCCACCAGAAAGUCUACAUCGAGGAGGACUCUAGGGACAGCGCCUCCUUUUCUAACAACAACGGCUACGUGGCGCCCAACGCAAAUGCCGGCGAGUUUGGUGAAGCGGGUCGAGCCGACGUCGCCGCCGCUGCCGGGGGUCCCGAGUUAGAGAACGAACUCUUGGAGGACAACGACAGUAUUGAGUACGAUGAGGACGAAUGGGGCACUCAGAACGCUGGCACACCUAUAGAGGAGGAAUACAUUAACGAUGACACGGACUCCAGUGAGGAUUGACCAUAGUGUUUUUGUUAAAAAAUAAUUAAAAAAAAAAAAGAUUAACAUCAGGGAUUUUUCCCCCCCACAUUUUGAUUUUUUUUUUUUUAUUUUUUAAAUUGGUUUAUUUUCCAAGGGCUUUUAGAAGUUACAAUAUAACUAUUAUGAACAUGUUUGUGUUACAAGUGUGUGAAAGGAUGGCUGACAGUGUCCAGCGCGAGCGACAUUCCUGCAGCAUAUAGGGAUGCUGUCGCCCCCCCCCUCC